UCUUGAGGGCAUCAUUCGAAGGGCGGGCAUUGAAACGAGUGGCACGAUUAUGAACAAGUCUUACCAGUUGCUUGCUUUUGCCGAUGACAUCGACAUUGUGGCAAGAAACCUGGAGACGGUGACGGAUGUCUACACCCGACUGAAGGUACAAGCAAGGCGUGUAGGACUUGGCAUGAAUACGACGAAGACGAAGUACAUGAAAGGAAGGGGUUCGAAGGAUGUCGGCCCCCCAAGUCUCACCCCUCUAACUGUGGAUGGUGAUGAGUUGGAGGAGGUGAGCGAGUUCGUGUACUUAGGAUCGCUGGUAACCGCCGACAAUGACACCAGCAAAGAGAUCCGGACUCGUAUUUUUGCUGGAAAUCGUGCGUACUUCGGAUUACGGAAAACCCUUACUUCGGAUCGAGUGCAACGCCGCACGAAGCUGACGAUGUACAAAACACUGAUUAGACCGGUAGUCCUCUAUGGCCACGAGACCUGGACGAUGCGGCAGGAGGACGAACGUGCCCUUGGAGUUUUCGAACGGAAGGUGCUACGAACGAUCUACGGUGGAGUGCAGGUGUCUGACGGAGUGUGGCGACGACGCAUGAACCACGAACUGCACGCGUUUCUUGAAGAGGCUCAGGUGGGCCGGCCAUGUCGCCCGAAUGGACGAAAGCCAGCCUGUCAGACUGCUAUUUGACCGCGCUGAACCAGCUGGCGGAACAGGCAGAAGAGCAGGGAAACCGCGCGCACGGUGGGGAGACCAAGUGAAUGGUGAUAUCCGGAAGAUCUGUAACCUGGGAAAUUGGAGAGUAGCAGCACAAGACCGAGAAAGAUGGAAGCGUCUUCUUGCUACAGCACGCGUACCUGGUGCGCUAUGCUGAUUGGUAUGGUAUG